AUGGUCAGAGAUGGCCUGCAAGCAGAGGACGACAUUAACCCGAUCAGUCCGUUCCGUGACAAUUCGACCUGUGGAGACGACUCACAUUUGAUUGAUGAUGGCUCAAGUGUCGGUUCUGGAAAUAGAUCUCGUGCGCGGCAAUGGGGGAUCAAUCAACAAAUUGCCGUUGCAAAUGCUUCAGAUAACAUCUCUCGCCAAGUGAAAUCCUUCUUUACACCCCGUCCCCGAAGUUCGACCAGUAUUUCCCUACCAAGAGGAGUAGAAUGCGACUAUUGCGACAAACCCAUCGCGGCAUUCAAAAAACGAGCCAGAGACAUUCUUCUGUCGAAGAACAUGCUCUCGGUUCCGUUCACUCUUGUAGCCAUCUUCUUCUCCGUAUCCGAUAUUCCCCCGCUAGUGAUCUUUAUCUGGAAUUUGAUCGCUAUCGUACCCUUGUCGAUAACGCUCACCCUUGCGACCGAACGACUUUCCCAGGAAUUAGGAGAGACCGCCGGCGCUCUCUUGAACAUUACCAUCGGUAAUCUCGCCGAGUUAAUUAUUUUGUUCGUUUCCCCUGCUCCAUACUUCUCCCACGCUCUUACUGACAUAUAUUGGUUGUACACGGCACUUAUGAAAAACAACAUCAAAGUGGUACAAGCAUCGCUUCUUGGCUCGAUCCUUGUCAACUUGCUCCUGGUUCUGGGAUCUGCAAUCAUCGCUGGAGGAUGGGCAUCUCCCGACCAAACUUAUAAUAGCGAUCUGACACAUGCCUUUGUCGGAUUGCUGAACCUGACAGUAUCAUGUCUUAUGAUCCCAACCGCAUUUUACGGAAGCGUGAAAGAUAUCAAAUCAGCCGAUCAUAUGGCCCUGUAUUUCAGCAGAGGCGUAUCCAUUAUUCUCCUGGCCAUAUAUUUCCUAUACCUGUUCUUCCAAUUCAAAUCCCACGCACAUCUUUUCCGAUCUCGCCCCGUCGGACUACAUGUGGUUACUCCCGAUGCCCAACCCGAGCGGCCUACCCGCCGCUCCUACGAUGAGAUGUUCAUGGAUAUCGAAUCCCAGGAAUCGACAGAGUCCUUGAUCAACAAAUCUCGCGAAAGACCCGAAAUGCAACAAAUUCAGUCCGACGGCCCUACAUCUCCAUUGGACGAUAUCCAUCCCGAGUCCGGACUACCAUUGGAUCAUCUCGACACCGGUCGCAGACGCCCACAUCAAGAAUGGGACGGUGUCGCACCCAGAGCCCAGGAGGCCCAGCUGCACCACUGCAAAAAUCUAUCAUUUGCCAGCCGAGCUGUAUCUAUAGCAGUGCUAGUCACAGCGACUAUCCUCAUCGCCAUCUGCGCAGAGUUCUUUGCAUCGAGUUUCGGCGUGCUCAACGAAAAGGGUAUCCUCGGUGAAUCCUUCGUUGGUCUGAUCGUUAUCCCGGUCGCAGGAAAUGUCGCCGAGAAUGUAACGGCCGUUAUUGUCGCUCACAAGAAUCAGCUCGAUCUCGCGAUUAGCGUUGCCCUUGGCUCGGCCAUUCAAAUUGGCUUGCUGGUUGCUCCUGUCAUCGUUCUAGUCGCUUGGGCAUUGGAGAAGCCUAUGACUCUUCACUUCGAUCGUUUUGGGAUGGUGACGCUGGUCGGCUCCGCCUUACUUGUUAGCUUCCUUGUUCUUAAGGGGAAAACUAAUUACCUAGAAGGCGCAAUUCUUUGUGCCUGUUUUGCCGCUAUUUCUGUCGGCGCUUUCUUGUUACCCAUUACUUAA